UUUUUAAGAGGUGAAUGUCGUCCAUGUUGGACCCGUUGGGUCAUCCACGGGAGUUGAGCAUGACAUAAUCUUUGUUUACAGUAAACAAUUACUGUGAAUGGCCAUGCUGUUUGUCUGCGGAUUCAACCAGUUCGAACAGCUCAAUUGUCUGAUUGAGAAGGAAACUUCUGGGUCGAAUAAAGAAGACAACGUCGUGACAAAGCUUAUCCGGAGCCCAUGUCAAGAUAUCAGGGAUGUCUAUGUGACCUGGAGCAACGUUCUGGUCGUGAGAAGGAAUGGCGUGACCAUUAAUGGAUUUUUGGAUGGAGUCCUUGUCAAGUCAAAAUCAGUCAAUCCGCCCUUUGUCGAACCGGUCAUCCAGGCAUCAGGGACUAGGUCGAGAUGGAUAUUUGUAAGUGAAAAAGGAGAAUGUUGGGAAUAUUGCUCAGGCAAAUGGCGUCUUCUUAACUACUUGUUUCCACCACCUGGAACCAACGAGGAGGAAAGCAUUUCUGGCUCAAUUGCUGAUUCUACAGGUACUGAACAAGAUGGCACCAUGCCUGGACAAAUUGCUUCCAGCUCUGUUGAGAAAUUGGAUAAGAGCGCCUAUCGUCUAAAAGUGAUGAAAGUUGUCUGCGGUAGCACUUUAACAGUUGGACUUACAACAGAUGGGCUUGUAUACACACUUCCGGUGCUUAUGAAGUUCCCAGUUGGAACCCCUCCGAUUAAGGAUAUUGCUUGUGGCCUCGAGCAUGCUGUUGCUUUGAGUGAAGAUGGAAGGGUCUUCACUUGGGGUUGUGGAACGAGAGGCCAGUUAGGUCUAGGCAACCUCGAAAAUUGCAAACAACCAACAGAAGUAGAAGCCCUAACAGGGCUUAAAGUCAGUUGCAUAAGUGCAGGAGGAUGGCAUUCAGCUGCUGUAACCGCAGACGGAGAUGUUUAUACUUGGGGAUGGAACAAAGAGGGGCAGCUCGGACAUCCCUGUAUAAAUAGUGAUUCUUGGGAGGGAAAAGUUGGUGUUUUGGCUGAACCUAGGGCAGUCGAUUGGCCCCAAGGGAUAAAUGUAACUGUAAACUCUGUAUCUUGUGGUACGACACACACUGUUUCCAUACUAGAUAACGGAGAAGCCUGGGGGUGUGGAAGGAACCAGUGGGGUCAACUUGGCUCAGAGAAAUAUCAGUUCACUGACAAAAUGACAAAAUUGGACAUGCCCGACGCAGUGAUCGCCACCAAGAUUCACUGUGCAGCUUGGAAUACGAUUAUCUUUGCGAAACAUGCCGAAACUAAAUCCGCCUCAGCACAAUAAAAUUUAUGUUUCAUUUAAAUGAUUUUACAAAUUAUAAAAUAUUGGCUGUGUCAAGAAAUAAAGUACUAGUCCUUCAUA